AUGGCUACAAACAGUUUUGCUCUUUCAAAGAAUCCAUCUUUUUCUUCUGAACACGAUAUAAAGUCUGAUCCAGUAAAUAAACCAAGUACGCAUGACUUGCAAAUUUGGAUUUAUAAGCUGUUCCCAGAUCCUCUAAAUUAUCCAGAAGAAAGAUUGAUAAGCAUUGAUACCAAGGAACUGGACAUAAAGACACGGAUUAUCAAAGAUAAUACAAUUAUUCCACCAAAGUGGCUGUGGGAUUUCAGUGUAAUUAUUAACAUUAAGAACAAAACGAUAUUCAGAUGUAUUACACGGUCCACAAAUGGCGAUAAACGUAAUGGAUUUGACAGAAAUAUUUAUUUGCCUUUCUAUAUCGAUUUUAACUUUUAG